CUCCUCCUCCUGCUGCUGAUGCAAGAGCUGAGCGCGGCGGCGAGGCGAGCCUGAGGGCUGAGCAAACGAGUCGGGGCGACUGAUUUCCUGGGUGGUGUUGGGCUUUUCUCCCCUUGAGACGGGCGCUUCCAAAUUUCUACUUUGACGGUCAGGGAGAGCCAUAGCCAUGUCGGGAGACGAGAUGAUUUUCGACCCUACUAUGAGCAAAAAGAAGAAGAAGAAAAAGAAGCCUUUUAUGCUUGAUGAAGAAGGUGGUGAUGCACAAACAGAAGAGACACAACUAUUAGAAACAAAAGAAGUGGAGCCAGAACCAGCAGAAGACAAAGAUAUAGAAGCUGAUGAAGAAGACAGCAGAAAGAAAGAUGCAUCAAAUGAUUUAGAUGACUUAACCUUCUUUAAUCAGAAGAAAAAGAAGAAAAAAGCAAAAAAGAUAUUUGAUAUUGAUGAAGCUGAAGAGGGACUGAAGGACCUAAAAAUUGAAAGUGAUGUGCAAGAAACAGUAGAACCAGAAGAUGACCUUGAUAUCAUGUUAGGAAAGAAGAAGAAAAGAAAGACGGCAAAGUUUACAGAUGAGGAUGAAGUAUUAGAUAAAGAUGAAGCAUUAGAGGAUGAUGACAGCAAAAAAGAUGAUGGAAUCUCUUUUAGCUCUCUGUUAGGACCUGCAUGGGCAGGCUCGGAAAGGGAUUACACAUAUGAUGAGUUGCUGAAUCGUGUAUUUAACAUCAUGAGGGAAAAAAAUCCUGAUAUGGUAGCUGGUGAAAAAAGAAAAUUUGUUAUGAAACCUCCCCAGGUUGUAAGAGUAGGAACAAAGAAAACAUCAUUUGUUAACUUCACAGAUAUCUGUAAACUAUUACAUCGUCAACCUAAACAUCUCCUGGCUUUUUUGCUGGCAGAAUUGGGUACAAGUGGUUCAAUAGAUGGCAACAACCAACUUGUAAUCAAAGGAAGAUUCCAACAAAAACAGAUAGAAAAUGUCUUGAGGAGAUAUAUCAAGGAAUAUGUCACCUGUCAUACAUGUCGGUCACCAGACACAAUCUUGCAGAAGGACACCAGAUUAUAUUUUUUGCAGUGUGAGACUUGCCAUUCACGCUGUUCUGUUGCCAGCAUUAAAACUGGUUUCCAGGCUGUCACAGGCAAGAGAGCGCAGCUCCGUGCCAAAGCUAACUAGUUGGCUGGUUGACCCUGAAUUUUUGCGAAGUGAUCUGGGCGCAAAUGGCUGGACAGGCUUACAACCUGAGUGGAUUUCCGAUGUAUUAAAAACAAGAUAGUAAAAGCUGCUUUGCUUUGGGUUGGUCUGUGAGAUUCUUGCGAGAUCAGAUCUUCAAGCUGUUGACAUUUGCUAACUGAAUAUUUUACCAACUGUCAAGUGAUGAGAAAGGAGAUGCUUUUUAAUCUGUUCAUAGAAUUCUGUAAAAUGCAAGAGAAAUUAAAGUUAUUAUAACAGUGACUCUUUCAUUUGAAUUUUUUGGUUUCUCUGUUAACAGUAGUAUGAAUACAUGCAAGCGUCAUGGCCAAUUGUGUUUUAAAAACAUUUGUUGUCCUAAUUAAGUGUAUUGUAAAAGCAAAUGGGCACAGUUGAAUUAAUGUAAUGGAACAUAUCAUAGAAUAUUAAAUCACAAAUAGGUUCUCCCUGUUGAAUAUCUCCACGCAUAUAAGAAUUUCAUCAUCUGGUUACAAGGGACAAAUCCCACAGAUGAAUGUGAGAUUUGUAUUAAUUGGGCUUAGGUUAGCUGUCUGUAACCAGCUUUCCUUUGCAUUUUGGUGUUCACUUUAAUCUCUGCAUUAGUAUGGUCUUAAUAAAAAUUAUUAAAAUAUAACAUAUCAAGAUGCCAUAUUAAUGCAUGUAAGUUUGGGAAAACAUUGCAGUGUAAAUGCACAUUAUCAUUGCCAUAAUCUAUUUAGAGUUUUUGUAAUGCUAGCUUUCAGUACUGUACUAAAAAAGUUAAAUCUUUAAAUUGUAAAAAUGAAUUAUGUAUGCAUCACCCAUUUAAAUGAAAACAAGUUAAAAAAAAGUUAGUGCGGCUAUUAAAACUUAAGUAAUCUUACACCUUUCCUUCCAGCACUGUACUUUCAGUUUUUGGAAAGGGUAACUAGUGUAUGUUCUUCCUAUCCCGAGUAUUCACCAAUUUCAGGACUGACCCAGAAACUAAGCUGUCAGAAAGCUUGGUGAUCUUUAUGCAGUAGCUGGUAUCCAUUUUAUCAGUUUAUUCAGGCCUUAAAGCAGAGUUAUUUAAGAAGGCUUGUUGUAUUCAUUGGGAUCUUUGAAAAGAGGCUUUGGAUAAAUUAGUACAGUAAUGGACUACAAGGACCUGUGGCCUUAGGAUUUGGGAUUUCUGACCAAGGACAUGGGAAUAGAAAUAAGUGGACAUCUUUUGCAAUUAAGUAUUAUGAAGAUAAUCUUUAUUGGGGCUGAUGCUUAAGAGAUUUGAUGGUGACACCAGUUAUUUAGACUGAUAUAAACAAAAGGGCUCGUAUAAGCACGUGUCUGCAUUGGAUAAAUUGGAAUUUAAAUGGCAAAAACCUUUUUCCACAAAGUAUAGGAUUAUGUAAGAAAAGGCAAUAAGUAAAAUCAUAUUUUUUAAUUUUUUUGUUCAUGUUAGCUGCCUAGAAUUGCGGAUGCAAAAUAGGUGGCCAUAUAAGCUGUUUAAAUACUUAAUGUAUGGAAUGAGGAUUUACCUGGUGAAUACUAAAAAUGAAUCUUGAUGUGGUAGGUAUAUGUGUAAAAAUUACUUUCCUUCUGUGAAGAAGACAUGAAAUAAUUAGAAAAGACAUUGCAAUAAAAUUAAUACCUAUCAUUAUUUGCAAAUACUGUGUAUGUGUCUAGUUAAAGAAUUAUAGAAUAUGAAAUGAACCAGUGAAUUUGAAAGAGGGAAGAAAAGUAUACUCAUAGUACAUAGUAUUCAUCACUACCAAAUAUGAUGCAGACUGCCAAAUUGAUGUUUAAAGUUAAACCCAUUGAGUAGGCAGUUUUUAUGACAAUUGCAUGACCUCAUCAGGGUCAACUGGACAGGAAUUUUGCCUCAUAUCCUGUGUUUAAAAUUCCUCAGUUAUCCAAUGAAGCAAAUUGGGCUGGAUUACAUAAUACUUCAAUAUGAUCCAGCAGGAUCCUAUAUUUCUUUGCUUGCUUGGAGAUUUUAAAACGUGAUGCUUUUGAAUUUAAAACUCUAAAAACAUUUGCAAAGUUUAAGGAAGAGUGCCUUUUCACUACUGUUUCAAGAUUUCUGACUUCUCAUAACCCUUAUUAUUAAUAUUGAAAGGUAUUUGGUUAAUGGGUGUGAUACUUUAAUUGAAGUUGAAUCUAGAAUCUUUGUUUUGGAAUUGUAAUUUGUAUGUAAAUUGACAUGCAACUGAGUUUGCCAGGAAAUUAAUUUUUAUAUUUUCUGCAAAGGUUUUUUGAGAAUAGAAAAGUCUAAAGUCGGUCUUUUUUUAAUGACUUAAAUAGAAUCUGAGCUGUAAUGAAUGUUGGAUGUACCUUAUAAAUUGAAUAAAGUCAGGAUCAGUGA